UUGCACCUUCUCCCUGCCAUCCACCGCUUCCCAUUUUUACUCUCUCUCUCUCUCUCUCUCUCUCUUUCUCUCAUUUCCCCCAAUUCCCUUUCAAGCCUCUCCAUUCCCCUUCCAACCAGCAAAAUAGCCAUGGGAAGAUCUCCUUGCUGUGAGAAAGAGCACACCAACAAAGGAGCUUGGACUAAGGAGGAAGACGAGCGCCUCAUCAACUACAUCAAACUUCAUGGGGAAGGCUGCUGGCGUUCUCUUCCAAAAGCCGCUGGUUUGCUUAGAUGUGGCAAGAGUUGUAGACUGAGGUGGAUAAACUACCUUAGGCCUGAUCUCAAGAGAGGAAACUUCACUGAAGAGGAAGACGAGCUCAUCAUCAACCUUCACAACUUACUUGGAAACAAAUGGUCUCUUAUUGCCGCCCGCUUGCCAGGAAGAACUGAUAAUGAGAUAAAGAACUACUGGAACACUCACAUCAAAAGGAAGCUCUACAGCCGUGGAGUUGAUCCUCAAACUCACCGCCCACUCAACGCCGGCGCCACCUCAACCAAAACCGCCACCGCCAUCAACACCAGCAGCAGUAACAAAACCAGUAGCGAAAACAACUCCACCAACAGCAAUAGUAAGAAGAGUUGUAAUUUCUUCGAAGUGCAAAAUUACAUGACACCAUUGAUGCAAGUGGUGGGAAAUGAGUCUGCUGAAGAGUCAAAUAGUAGCAGUGGAGUAACCACAGAGGAAGUAUUCCCUGCGGAGCUCAACCUUGAACUCUCCAUAGGGCUGCAACCCUAUCAGCUUCAGAUCCCUUCCAUCAACAUACAACCUCAGCAGCAGCAGCAGCAGCAACAACAACAACAACAAAAGCAGCAGGUUUCGUGGUACGAGAAUGUCAGCCAAGGUGUAUGUUUGUAUUGCCAUUUAGGGUUUCAGAACACCCAAGCAUGUAGCUGCAAAGAAGCCAUGGGAACAACCUUAACAGCUGACAACAUCUACAGACAUUAUAGGGCGCCCUUGAACUCUUGAACCUUUUUAAUUAAUUAAUUACAACUUAUUUAGAAGUAGCUUGUGCCAGCUCACUUUGUAAUCUUGUGGUGGAAAAGAAACAUCUUAAUUUUUUUUUGGCAAGAAGAGAAUAGCUGUGAGAUAUAUAUAUAUAUAAUUAGUGUUUUUGAUUUA